UUCCAGGCACACUGCAUUACUAAUUCUCGUGCGUACGACUCAUCGCGCAUCGGGAGUACAUAUACAACUCACUGGGACACUGCAGUCGCUACAACACGCCGACAAACCCUGCAUGAAGAUGUCAGCACAGACCAGCAAUGCAUUCGAAGACCUGAGUGGGGUAUCGACGGCAGCAUUCGAGAACCCCUACGAUGCCUUGAUUGCAGCCUCGAACAAUGACCCGGUCCAAUUGCAGGAGCGAUAUGCCCAGCAUCGCAGCGCCAGAAAUGCUCAGCAGAAGGCAAAGAUACUCGACAAGGGCUUCACCGGACCCAUCAUUGAUCCCAUCCUGAGGAAGCUGGACGAUCAAACCAUUGAGCCAGGAUACGUGGAUCCCAGAAAUUGCCUCGUGUUCUGGGGACGGCCUACAGAGAAGAUCAAAGACUUGAUCCACCGAGUGCAGCAAGAGCUUCGUAGUGUCGUUCCACAUCUCUGGCUCAUGCCACGAGACAACCUCCACAUCACCGCGCUCGAAAUCACCCACUCCAAAACCGCUGGAGAAAUCGAACAGCUGGUUGACAUGAUGCAGCCAAAGAUCCCGUCCAUCACCGACUACACCUACUCCCACAGGACCCGCCUCAUCAAACCCAUGAUCGGAUACGAUGCCUCUGCACUGGCUCUGAGCUUUGUACCUGCGGCGGGCGAAGGACUCCCCCAAGGCAGAAGCCUUGCCGAUGACGCGUACACGUACCACCAUCUUCGACGCGAUCUGUUCACUCUCUGCAAAGAGACUGGUGUGGCAGUCGACUCACGCUACGUGGUUCCAUCGAGCCAUUUGACCAUUGGGCGGUUCAUUGACUCCAAGGACUUUGCUAAUGACACAGCCCCGUAUGAUGGGCAGAAAAUGGAGGGUUUCAUCCAAAAGAUCGAGGAGAUCAACAGUUGGCUGCAAAAAGAGUUCUGGCCCGAGUUCAAUGACGGCAAGAUUCCGGAUGGUGGAAACUGGAUCUUGGGCGAAGAGAAGGGACUGCACUGCCGCAUGGGAAGGCUCUGGUACGGCGACGGCAAGUCGGUCAGCGAAGGCCGGGGGUUCUGAUCAGGCAGCCGUGAACACAGCCGUCACCGGCUAAGUGAUAGGCCAAGUAACAGUAGACUAUACAAUAUACAAUACACUUGCAACUCUAUGCGGAAGACGAAGAGUUUGGUUCAUUCAUUGAUGCAGUCGAGGCUAGACAUGGAUAUGUAGACGCAUUAUAUACUAUAGAAAUCAAAUGGUAACAAGAUAUUAUGACUGCGAAGCACUCAGCUAUCAAUGACUCGUCAGUUUCGUGAACCACGGAAAAUGUGUGUUCUGCCUGGAGCUCGAAGGCGGUUUGAUUGUGAUUU